UCGAGCACGAGAAAAAGGGCUGACUGAACCGGGGGAGUCGGAAGUGACUUUGUUGUGGAGCGUAGUCUCUUAUUUCUGUUCAUGGUUUCUCUAUUCGUCGUGCGUUGUCAAUGAAAGACGUUUCAUACAGCAAGAUGAAAGGAAAAAUACAGUGUUGAAAAUUUUCCGUGAAGUAAACAACUGGAAGAGCAAGUGACACCAGGCCCCGGAGCAAGUGUCCCUCGUACCGUGCGUCCAUCCUGCGAGGAGCUACUGAGCGCACUGAGGACCAUCUACAGCCUCCCUGCCCGGGGCAGAGACAGCGCCCCUGUACACCUGCCAUAAUGGUGCUGUCACAGAGGCAACGAGAUGAGCUAAAUCGAGCGAUAGCAGAUUACCUCCGAUCAAAUGGCUACGAAGAGGCUUAUUCUGUUUUUAAGAAGGAAGCAGAGUUAGAUAUGAAUGAAGAAUUAGAUAAGAAGUAUGCAGGCCUUUUGGAAAAGAAAUGGACCUCAGUCAUCAGAUUACAAAAGAAGGUGAUGGAGCUGGAGUCCAAGCUUAACGAAGCUAAAGAGGAGAUCACUUUAGGAGGGCCCAUGGGGCAGAAGAGGGACCCCAAAGAGUGGAUCCCACGCCCCCCGGAGAAGUACGCGCUCAGCGGACACAGGAGUCCUGUCACGCGCGUCAUCUUUCAUCCCGUCUUCAGCGUCAUGGUGUCUGCCUCAGAAGAUGCCACAAUUAAGGUGUGGGACUAUGAAGCAGGAGACUUUGAGAGAACUCUGAAGGGUCAUACAGACUCGGUGCAGGACAUCUCCUUUGAUCAGACUGGAAAGUUGCUGGCCUCCUGCUCAGCAGACAUGACCAUCAAACUCUGGGACUUCCAGGGCUUUGAGUGCAUCAGGACCAUGCACGGACAUGACCACAACGUGUCAUCAGUUGCCAUCAUGCCCAAUGGUGAUCAUAUCGUAUCUGCAUCGAGGGAUAAAACCAUUAAAAUGUGGGAGGUGGCUACUGGUUAUUGUGUGAAGACGUUUGCGGGCCAUCGGGAAUGGGUUAGGAUGGUGCGGCCCAACCAGGACGGCACGCUGUUGGCCAGCUGCUCCAAUGACCAGACAGUACGUGUGUGGGUCACUGCUACCAAGGAGUGCAAAGCUGAGCUGCGGGAGCAUGAGCAUGUCGUUGAGUGCAUCUCCUGGGCCCCGGAGAAUGCCUACCCCACUAUACUGGAGGCCACUGGCUCUGAGAACAAGAAGAGUGGUAAGCCCGGUCCUUUCUUGCUGUCUGGAUCCCGAGACAAAACCAUUAAGAUGUGGGAUGUCAGUACUGGCAUGUGCCUUAUGACAUUGGUGGGCCAUGACAACUGGGUGCGUGGUGUGCUGUUCCACCCAGGUGGGAGGUUCAUUGUGAGCUGUGCCGAUGAUAAGACCCUGCGCACUUGGGACUAUAAGAACAAGCGCUGCAUGAAGACCCUGAGUGCCCACGAACACUUCGUUACCUCUAUGGAUUUCCACAAGACUUCCCCCUACGUGGUGACAGGAAGCGUAGAUCAAACAGUUAAAGUGUGGGAAUGUCGCUGAUCUCACUCGCCCUGCCCCGCCCCUCCUCUGUACCACCACCACCACCACUCCUCCACCCCUCCACGACACUCGUCCUUCGGGAUGCACUCAUCACCAUGGCUACCACCCCAUCCAGCGCUCUUCUAAUAACUAUUGUCCUUUUAUGUAAAUUAUUCUGGAUGUAGUUUGAGCUUAUUAAAUGUUACAUAAGACACCCUCACAAGGAGAGGAAAAAUAAGUUAAGAAAAACAAGUAUUCUUGCAUGGUGAAUCCCAGACUUGUAUAUUAUUAUUAUUAUUAUUAUUAUUAUUAUUAUUUGCUUACCAUCAUCUUGAAGGGUUAAAGAACAUCAAGCAUCACGUUACAAACGGCAGAACUGUCCUUUCUGGGGAAUUCGAACACGGCAAAGAAAACCAGGCUCGCUUUUCUUUUCUUUGCUUUGAUUUUCAGUUCCGCUGUUAUGAUCCGCUGAUGCUUCAGAGAGAGAGAGAGAGAGAGAGAUUGAGAGGAAGAGAGAGAAGCUGUUUUUAGUGCUGUCACUAAACCAAAUUAAAAUCUGACUGAAUGUUUGUCCUCUUAAAGGACUUCUAAUCUAUGUAAUUUAGGUGCUAAAUGCUGUACAGUCAUCGUUAAUUCUAGAAUUGAGAUGUUUUUUUGAAAUUCUCAGUGAACUAGAUGGAUUUGCUCGACGCAGAGUUGGGGAAGGAAAAUCCCUUGUACGUUCGGAUUUAGAUAGACUUCGGCCCAGUUAUGAUUUUGUACAUAAUGAGAGACAAGCAAGUGAUGUGCGGGGGUUGUUGUUGUUGUUGUUUGGGGAACCCUGAGAAGAUAAAUCGGCAGUGUGAGAGUAAACCCCUGACUUAAGUGCACUUCUUAAAGGAGGUAUAUGAGGUGUGUAAAGCAGGUUUGUUUUUUGUUUCGUCCCCCCCCCCCCCCCCCCCCCCCCCCCUUGUUCCUAUGUGCACAAAACACAUCUCAGCCCUCUUCAUCACCAUUUCAUUUUAUCCUCCUCUUGGUUGAUUGACAGCGAGAGGGUAGGAUAGCAUCUUGAUUUAAAAAAAUAAGUGCUUAUAUGUAAGUAAUUAUUCAAAGCAAGAUUUUCCAAAGGGACACUGAAUUCCAGCGUGUUUAAAAGCAGCCACGUUACUAUAGAAGCUUUUAAACAUUCAAUCUGUACAUCAGCUGAUUUUAGAUUUCUUGGCAGAACACACACCUUUCAGAUAAUACUUUAUUAAGCAACAGGUUUUUACCCCACAACCAACAGACAUGGGAGGAGGCCAUGUAUUGCAUGGUCACAGCUUCAUCACUUGAUUCAUUCUGCAGCUUCUUUACAUGCUGUAUGUGGGUGGGCGUGGCUCAGCUGCCACCGAAGGAAGCUUUUCAGUGUGUUCUCAGAGGUACUGCUUCGUGUCCUUGUGCAGGAUGAGCUACCUAGUCAGGCUGUCAAAUCAGGGAGGCUAGGUUUUGGUUUUUUUUUUUUUUUUUUCUUCGCAGAUUAUCUCGUCCACCAAAUUUGCUCUGAUGGACCUGCCGAGUCUGGCUGUGUGUGGUAACGAUAAAGACGCCUCCUAGCUAGAUCAACAAGUGCAAUAACAUUAGGCUGCUCUGCGUUAACUCUUGACAGACAGGUAUGCAUGAGUCGUGUGCACAUUACACACACACGUGUAGGAAACUAACCUCCAUUGUGUUGUGAUGGAACUGACUGAGUUUUGAAACGAGCAACACACAUGGUGUUAGGGUGGAACUUUGAACAUCUUAAGGGAGUUCUGUAGGAGGUGCACGCGGUUGUAACAUUUUUAACGGUGGUUGUAUAGGCCGGGCCUCUGCUAUUCCAAAGCUGUGUAUGUAGUAUCAGUGGACGUGUGAAAGGAUCUUAGAGCUUCGCUGUAUGUGCAGUAGGGUUGUGCAUUCAGUUUGCUCCGAGUCCAGUCGUUUGCUCUCUAUGCCUUGUUAAUAUCCUGAAGCCCCCUUGACGUAAAGACCUUCAUUCUGUUUUUUUGUGAUCUCACUGUUCACGCACACUCGCAUAUACACUGACAAACUAUAAGUUGUGUAUCAAUAUAUCUGGAUGUCAUUGUUUGCAACAUAAUUAAGAGGAAUAAAAACUGUAAAUAUAAAGCAA